CGGUGCACAUCACACCCCAAAUAGGAUUUCCUACCUCGAUGGCCUGCGGCUUACACAAGUCAUGACCGGUAAGCGAAAACGCGUCGGCCCGGUCGGAGCAGAUGAGUUUGAAAGCUCUGGCUUGAAGCAUAAUGAUCGGGCAAGUGGCGCCAUCAACCCGUUCAGUCGGACGCCGAGUGAGCGGCACCAGCUGCACGUCGCUGGACUGUCCGACACGGAGGAGGACCCGACGCACGGCAUCAAGCAUUUCCCGCACCGCGGCUUCGGUAGACGCGUCUCUAUCAAGGGCGUGGACGGUAGCGGUGGUGAACUAUUCGACAACGACGACGACGAUGAGCACGGCCAGCGGGCGUCCCAGGCACCAGAGGCCAUCCAAGGUGCCCGCCGCUCCACGCCCGCGGACCCCAGGGGCAGCCACCUGGACGUCCUACUGCGCGCAAUACACCAGUUCCUGGACCGGGGGCAGGUGGCCCUCGCCGCCAAAGCGUAUGCGCUCGUCCUGCAGUUGCGCCCCGGCAGCCGGCCCAUCGACGUCCGUCAGCACGGCCUGUGGGCGCUCGGCGCCGAGAUCCUGAUGCGCGAGGGUGAGGAUGUUACGCCGCGGCCGCCCGUCGCGGGAGGAGGAGGAGCAGCAGCAGCAGCAGCACACGGCAGCGGGCCGCCUGUUCCAGCGCUCGUGAAGCAGGAGGCGGGAGACGGCGACGGCUUCAGCGCCCGUCAACCCACGGCAUCUGCUGCCGGCCAGUCAUCCAUGUUCCCCACAAGUCAUGGCAGCGACCGCGUCCCUCGCCGAUGGGGGUCGCCGUCCAACAUGCCCAAGGUCAAGGCCUACUUCGAGACGCUCAUACAGCAGCACCCGUACGACUACAAGUUCCCGCGCAGCGUCUCGGCGUUGGACUUUCAGCUGGCCAUGCUCGGCUGCGAAAUCUACAACGUCUAUGCUGAGCACCGUUGGGCCCUUGCACGUGCCGAGGCCGAGGUCGAAGUCCCGGAGGACGAGGACCAGCAAAGCCUCGCAGGUGUGUCCAACAACGAGGACCACGGACGAGGAUACGGUCGGGAGGAGGCGUCCGAUCCGCAAUCGAGGCUGGAUGUGCGCAAGGACGAGAUUCGACUGCGUGCCGUGGCCGGCAUGGACGAUAUCACAAGGAGGAUGGACACGCUUAUGCAGCAGCUGCCUUAUCGUAAGAGCCAUCACUUCCUCCGCAUGCGCGCGACAGCCUCGCUCUACCUGGCAGAUCUGGUUGUGCCUGCCGGCCAGGUGGCGGGCGAACAUGUGCACCAUGCUGAACUGAGGAGGCAGAGGGAGCUCGAGACCGCGGUCAAUGUCCUCGACAGACUGCUUGAGAACGGUGGAGAGCUAGAUGAUGUCGCUCGGGCGGUCCUCGAAGGGCAGCACGUCAAAGCGGAGGAAUACUUGUCACCGCCGCCACUCUAUCCAUCGCUCCCCAUUCGAGGUGUGUGAGGUAGCGGAACAGGAGAUUCACGCCCACCAUGUGGUUUGUCAGAUAAUUUAUUCUUGCCACACGCCGGAGCUCAUCUGCAAACAACCAUGCCGUCACUUGGCCCAGCGCUGCAGCACCAGCGUUGUGUUCGAGCUUCCCACCACCACGCACCACUCGCCGCCAGGACUCCACGCCGCCUGGCGUCCGACAAAGUUGGCCGAUGACGACUCUGUCUUGUGAGCCCUCAGAGGCUCCUGCGGGUCCUCAAUACUGUAACGGCUUGCCCACGACUCCAACGUCUCAGGGCUGAAGUCCGUCGUGUUGUUGCUAUUGGUAUUGGUAUUGGUAUUGGUAUUGCUGUUGCUGUUGCUGUUGCUGUUGCUGUUGUUGUCCGUGUGCCCCGUCUGGCCCGACGCGUUCGAGUCUCGGUCACUGCCGGCAUUGCGAAGUCUGCCGACUGCGUCGCUCCGCUGCCUUGGGAUCACCGGUUUCAGCCAAUUAGGCAACUGAAUUGCCUUGGACUUGUCGCGACGUCCGUCGCGCAAUGUCCCUAUUAUGUCACGAUACACUGUUAGGCGCUUCAGAUCCCAGAAGAAAAUGUUACCUGCCGCGUUACAGAAGGCGAGGACAGGGUUCUGUCCGGGAACGUGAUGCAGCUUAAAUCUCAUGAAGAACUGCGGCCCGCAACUGGGCGUGUGGAACUCAAGCAGCCGGGUGUACUGCGCAGGACAUAUGGGAGAGGUUGCUGGGACAAACGCCGAGCGCGUCAGCCUCCCGGGAUCUUCGUUGCUAGUCGGUACGACGUUUUGCAGCGUGGGCGCCGUGCUGGGAGCUGGCGGAGGCCCGUCGGAAGAGAAGCCUUCGAUUCUCCAGAGCACGAUGACAUUAUCAUGACACGCCCUGGACAGGAUUUGAUCGCCAUAGAACGCGACGCUGGUGCCGCAUCGUCAGCACGUUCGCAAGGUCUACUGGCGAGCACCCUGAACCUACCAGUCGACAAUGCCGCUGUGAACGGCCGAUGUAGAAAAAUGAGGGUAGUGGACUUGAAGAGGCGUGGCUAUGGGCUCGACAGGAAGAUCAGGAAUAGUCCACUGGUGAAAUAGACUUCGAGUUAGCCGAAGGAAAGCGUUUGGACAGCAAUGAGCCUGAGGAAAGAAACGAACCAGAUUGAUAACCUGAUCGUGCCCGGCAGAAAGAAGAUAUCGGCCAGUGUCGUGAAAUGCCUUGCAACGGCAUCCUGGUCAGCUGGAACUUUUUGGUAUGCAGUAUCAUCAUGUUUGCGCAGGAGCAGUACCAGACUAAGUAAGUUCCAAGAGUGCCCUUCCCCAGCGAGAAUACACAGACAGGGCUGUUCCUUGUGCUUGGGGUCGAUGCUCCAUAUGCGG